AAAAAUGGAUGACGUCGCCAGCGCUAGAAGCGAGAAUGAAAAUGGCAGAAAAAUUCGUAAUAGAUUAAUGCAAUGGGAAUCUAAAACAGAUCCUCUAGCGGCGCUUAGUGCCCAACAAGAGGAGUACUUGGACGUUUUGUCCAAUCUGUGGCGCAAUGAGGUAGCAACGCCAUCGCCAGCAACUACGCCCACAAAACCAACAAAUAAGGAAAGUACAGCUCCAGCAGACUGCACUGCUGAUAUCAAACUGCCAGCAGGGGAACUGAAUAACACCAACGACUUCCUGCUCUGGUUCGUGGUGGUCAGCGCAGAGAUUGAGGAACGUGGCGAUGCUAACUACCACAAGUAUUUGCAGCAGUUGGAGCAGCGUAAGGGGGAAUGCGCCCACAUGCUGACACAAAUAGCAGUGGCUAUGGAUCGGCUGGGUGCGCUGAGCAGCGAGUACGAGUUCGUGUCCACCAAGACGAGUGCUCUAAACACCGCCAGCGAGCAGCUGAUCAGCGAGCAGGAGAAACUGCAGGAGUUAAGCAAUGAAAUUCAAUGGCGUCUGCACUUCUUCAAUCAGGUUGAGCUGCUCAAUCAACGACUGCAGAGCCCAACGCUUUCGGUGGCCAGUGAGGCUUUUCGGGAAUGUCUUAACAAAAUUGACGAGUGUUUGAAUUAUUUGGCAGAAAAUCCAAAAUUUAAAGAUGCUGCCGCUUAUAAUUUAAAAUACAAACAGUGCCUGGCCAAGGCCACCGGCUUGGUGCGUAAUUAUGUUUAUAGCGUCAUUAACCAGGCCACGGAAGCGACAUUGCAUCCGCGUAAUGCCACUGGCGAGACCUCACUGCAGGCGCCCGAUGCUGCUUUUGCUUUGUAUUAUGGCAAAUAUCAGACAUCGGCGGCGAAGGUGAAACGUGUGGCGCAACUUAUAGAGUCGCGUUUGGAUCACAGCAGCGAAUACGAGCAGCUAAUGACCGAUCUCCAACAGCACUAUCUAACGAUGCGUGCCAGCGUUAUGUCGCCGGCGGUCAACCAAUCCAUACAGAAUGUUAAGGCGGCACACAAAGGCGAUCAUUGCUCGCUCACGCGCAGCGCCUGCUCUUUUCUCGUUCAUGUCUGCCAGGAUGAGCAGCGCUUGUAUUACCAAUUCUUUGAAACAGGCGCUGCACAUUUAACCGUCUAUCUGGAGGGUCUGUGCACAAUUUUGUACGACACCAUGCGUCCUUUUAUUAUACACAUCAACCACUUGGAGACGCUGGCAGAAAUAUGUUCCAUUUUACGGAUUGAAAUGCUGGAAGAGCAAGUGCAGCAGAAUCCCAACACCUUGCAAGCCUUUGCCACCAUAACACACCAAUUGCUGCAGGAUGUGCAGGAACGUUUAGUAUUUCGCGCCCAUCUUUAUCUGCAAUCGGAUAUACAAAACUAUAACCCCUCAACGGGCGAUUUGGCAUAUCCUGAAAAGCUAGAAAUGAUGGAGAGCAUCGCCCUAUCACUGCAGGAGCCCGCACAACUACGUCGCUCAGACUCGCGCAGCUCUAUGGUUUCCAGCGUGUCCAGCGCCAUGGAAACGGAAAGCGUCGACACCGCCUACAGAGCUCAGCAAAUGAAUUCACCAGCCGAUCUGCAUGGCAUGUGGUAUCCCACAGUACGCCGCACUUUAGUAUGCCUUUCGCGACUUUAUCGCUGCGUCGAUCGACCCAUUUUCCAGGGUCUGUCGCAGGAAGCGCUAAAGCUGUGCAUACAAAGCGUUGCGUACGCUGCUGGCAAGAUAUCCGCCGCCAAGACUCCCAUCGAUGGCGAGCUUUUUGAGAUAAAGCAUCUGCUCAUCCUACGCGAACAAAUUGCGCCGUUCCGUGUCGAUUUCACCAUAAAGGAGACUUCUUUGGACUUUAGUAAGGUGAAGACAGCAGCUUUUGGCUUGCUCCACAAACGCAAACAACUCUUCUCCAUGGGCAGUAACAAUGCGAUACUUGAAUUUCUGAUCGAUGGUACGCCACAAAUCAAAGAGCAUUUGCUCGACUCCCGCAAGGAAGUGGAUCGCCAACUAAAAACGACUUGUGAGCAGUUUAUUAAGGACGCAGUGCAUAUGCUCGUCGGUCCGCUGAUGACAUUCCUGGAAAAGGCUCAGGCUACGUUGGCCGCAGGACCAGCUGCCCAGUCGACGCUUAGACAAUGCGUGUGGUCGAGUCCGCAGCAGAUUAGUGGCGUUAUACAGGAGACACAACGUCUGAUCAAAAGCAAACUGGCAGUAUUACAGCGUGCCAUGCAACUCUAUUUGAGCAAUCGAGACACAGAGUUCAUAAUCUUUCGACCAAUUCGCAACAACAUCAUACAGUCCUUCGUCAAGCUGGAGCAAUUGUUAACCACAAAUGGUUACUCCACAGAUGAUAUGACCAUCACGAGCUGCCCCUCUGCAGAACAGGUGUCCGUUUUAUUGUCGAGUGCCAGUGUUUUGGCGGCUGAAGGCAUGGCCAGCUUUGCCGCAGCGGCGCGCAAAAUAAGCACCAGCUCAUCAGUGGAAACAGUUGCGAACAGGAAAGUAAGCACAUCAUCCAAUAAGGCGGCAUCGGUUCAGGAAACCACAGCAGAGACAACGCAGGAGAACGAAGUAGCUGCGAAAAUUGAUGCUACGCCAGCCGGAAUAGAAUAAUUCUGCAUACUCAGCAGAUUUUGUAUAACUAAAAUUGGCUAAAAAUGUGCAAAACAAUGUUAUUAUUAUACAUUUAAUAAUGCAGAAUGCGACGAAGUUUAUUAUUACAAAAUAACACAUA